UUAGCCUUUCUUUCCCCACUCUGUGGGCCCAGAUAUUAAUCAGGUGUGCCUGUAAGAGUCUCUGCCAGCAGGCCCUAGUCUCAGGCAAUGAUGUCGUCUUGCAGUGUGACUAUCCCAAGGCACUCUGGUACUUCUCUUCCAUUCUAGGGGAAGAUCCCUUCCUGCUCUCCUCAGUAGCUAAUGUAAAGAAACUGCCUGGGGGAAGCCUUCAACUGACCAAGCCUCCACCCUCCCAGACAGGCCUCUAUCACUGCCAGGACAAUGACAAUGCCCUUGUGGUAGAGUAUGAGAUUGAUUUCCAAGAUGUCACCACCCUGCAUGUUACGCACAAAAGCCUGGGCCAAAAGCCCCUGCAAAAUGAGACCCUGAGUCUGAGGGGCCAGGUGCUAGUCUUCACCCACUGAGAGCCCUGGCAAGACUGUAACCGCUGUGGGGAACCUGGUGAGCGGAAACGCCUGGGGUAUUGCUACAUUGAGGAGCCCCAGGAAAAACCCAUGCCCUGUUGGCUGUAUCUGAGAGCGGAGAGGGCACAACAUAGCCGUAUGCGGCCUGAACUGCAGCUGGAACCCUGUCUUGUACCCUGUGACCACGCUAAGAAAAUCAACCAGCCAUACUUCAUCUUUGACAUUUAUCAUUUGAGCAAGUUGACCAACAGCAUGUGGCUUACCUGCCCCUUGGCCUCCAUCUACAGCUGCCCUGAUGGGAAACAAUGCCACAAAGCCCUCCUCUCAGACAAUGACAUCUUCUUGCCCUGCAACGCUUCUGGGUCCCAGUGGUACUUCUUCCUCCUGCAAGACGGGACCAGCUGGUCCAACACACUCUCCCGUGCUUCCAACAUAGAAGUCAUAGCUGACAGCGGCAUUCUCAUUAGGAGUCCGUCGCCCUUCCAGACGGGCUUCUAUCACUGCCGGGACAAGAACGGCAACCAGGUGGUGCAGUAUGAGCUUGACUUCCAGGAUGUCAGCGCCCUGCACAUAACACACAAGGGACUGGGCCAGAAGCCCCUGCGGAAUGAGACCCUGAGUCUGGGUGGCAAAGAGAUCGUCUUCACCCGCUGGGAGCCCUGGCAGGACUGUAACCGCUGUGGGGGGCCGGGCGAGCGGAAACGCCUGGGGUAUUGCUACAUCGAGGAGCCCCAGGAAGAAGCCCUGCCCUGCUGGCUCUACCUGGGAAAUCUGAAGGUGUGGUCCAGCCGCAUGCGGCCCGAGAUGCAGGUGGAAGCCUGCUAUGUCCCGUGCGCGGCAUCGAUGUUGGACUACAUUCCCUUUGACAACUUUGAGAUCAGUGAGGAGUUGGGAUCUGCGUGGCUCACCUGCCCCCUGGGAUCUAUCUACAGGCCCAUCCUCUGGGAAGCCAACAACACGCCCCUGACCUGGCAGGGCCAGCUCUCCAACCAGGACUUGGACGCCAUUCUGGAACCUUCCAACGGCGGCAUGCAGCUGCAGGUCUUCCAGCCAGCCAUUUACAAGUGCUUCGUGCAGCAGGAGCUCAUGGCCCAGUUCAACCCCAAGCCCUUCCCUGACAGCGGGGAGACUCUCAGGGGAGAGGAAGGCGGGCCACACCGGGAGGAGGGGGAGACCUGGAAGGGGAAGGCCAGCCCCAUCCUCAAGGGGCUAAAGUUGGUGCUGCUGCUGGGCACAGUCCUGGGCCUGCUCGGGGUGCUGCUCAAGAUCUGCCACCCUUCCCGGGGCAAAAGCCGUGACCAGGUGCUGCUAGUUAAAUAAAGCAAGCCCUCUGUG